GCCCGCGGCGCAGCGCCUGAUCCUUCGCCGGAGGGACUCGAUCUUGCGGGCGGAGAUGAAGCCUGUGGUCGGGAUCGUGGUCUCGAACAAGAUGCAGAAGUCGGUGGUGGUGGCGGUUGACCGCCUCUUCCACAACAAGGUGUACAACCGCUACGUCAAGCGCACCUCCAAGUUCAUGGCGCACGACGAGGCCGACGACUGCAACAUCGGCGACAGGGUUAAGCUGGAUCCCUGUAGGCCCCUGAGCAAAAAUAAGCAUUGGAUUGUUGCUGAGGUUCUUCGUAGAGCUAAGAUGUAUGUUCCGCCACCUGCAGCAACCACUUCUGGCCCGCGUGCUGCCACAGCUCAACAAGCUGCUACCAAGUCAUCUGCUUGAAGAUCCUCUUAGGCAAACACACAUCUGUCCUUCAAAAUGUCUGUUCUUUUCCUUGUGGAUGCAGUCGCUUGUCUGAACUCCAAUUGGUAGGGGCAGGAAUAA